CAGGCAGCAGAGGAGCCUCAGGGCAGCCUGGUGGUGCUUUGGCACUGAGUGAAGCUGCCUAUUUGCUGCCUUGGUUUCUCCCAUGCUCAGGGUUUUGGGGUUCCUUCCUUGCAGCAUGGGCAUGGUGAUGUGCUUCUUGGUGUCAUUUUGUGCUGUAGCAGCGUCUUGUGGUGUCAUCUAACAUCAGCGUUGAUGAUGUGCCAUUCCCCCUGGACAUCAGGUGAUGAAUGUCUGUAUGAAAGCUUUCCUGAGCUUCCCUUGGAGGAAGUGCCAGAAGCUGAUGGCGAGGCCGCGAACGCCCAGUGUCCGACGUCCGUCAGCAUUCAGGAGCCGUCUUCUCCAGCAACCUCCAGCGAAGCCUUCACGCCAAAGGAGAGCUCUCCUUACAAGGCUCCGAUAUACAUUCCCGAUGACAUUCCCAUUCCUUCAGAGUUCGAGCUCCGAGAAUCCAACAUUCCUGGAGCGGGAUUAGGGAUAUGGACCAAAAGGAAGAUCGAAGUCGGGGAAAAGUUCGGCCCUUUCGUGGGAGAGCAGCGGCCACACCUUAAAGAUCCCAGUUACGGUUGGGAGAUCUUGGAUGAGUUUUGCAAUGUGAAGUUCUGCAUAGAUGCCAGUCAACCAGAUGUAGGAAACUGGCUCAAAUAUAUCAAGUUUGCUGGAUGCUACAAUCAGCACAACCUUGUUGCAUGUCAGAUAAGUGAUCAGAUAUUCUACAGAGUUGUAGCAGACAUUGAACCUGGAGAGGAGCUGUUACUGUUCAUGAAGAGUGAAGAUUAUUCACAUGAAACAAUGGCUCCAGACAUCCAUGAGGAGCGCCAGUAUCGCUGCGAGGACUGCGACCAGCUCUUUGAGUCCAAGGCUGAGCUUGUAGACCACCAGAAGUUCCCCUGCAGCACACCUCACUCCGCGUUCUCCAUGGUGGAGGAGGACUUCCAGAAAAAGCUUGAGAAUGAGAACGAGCUUCAGGAUGUGCAUGAAAUCCAGGAGUGUAAAGAGUGCGAUCAAGUCUUCCCAGAUUUGCAAAGCCUGGAGAAGCACAUGCUGUCCCACAGCGAGGAGCGGGAGUACAAGUGCGACCAGUGCCCCAAAGCUUUCAACUGGAAGUCCAACUUGAUACGUCACCAAAUGUCGCAUGACAGCGGCAAGCACUACGAGUGUGAGAACUGUGCCAAGCAGGUUUUCACGGACCCCAGCAACCUCCAGAGGCACAUUCGUUCCCAGCAUGUUGGGGCUCGUGCUCACGCUUGUCCAGAGUGUGGCAAAACGUUUGCCACUUCUUCAGGCCUCAAACAGCAUAAACACAUCCACAGCAGUGUCAAACCUUUUAUAUGUGAGGUCUGCCAUAAAUCCUAUACUCAGUUUUCAAACCUUUGUCGACAUAAGCGCAUGCAUGCUGAUUGCAGAACCCAAAUCAAGUGCAAAGACUGUGGACAAAUGUUCAGCACUACGUCUUCCUUAAAUAAACACAGGAGAUUUUGUGAGGGCAAGAACCAUUUUGCAGCAGGAGGAUUUUUUGGCCAAGGCAUUUCACUUCCUGGAACCCCAGCUAUGGAUAAAACGUCCAUGGUUAAUAUGAAUCAUGCAAAUCCGGGCCUUGCUGACUAUUUUGGAGCCAAUAGGCAUCCUGCUGGUCUUACCUUUCCAACAGCUCCUGGAUUUUCUUUUAGCUUCCCCGGUCUGUUUCCUUCAGGCUUGUACCACAGGCCACCUUUGCUACCUACUAGUUCUCCUGUUAAAGGACUACCGAGCGCAGAUCAGACAAACAAAAGUCAAAGUCCCCUCAUGACCAAUCCUCAGAUACUGCCAGCCACCCAGGAUAUUUUGAAGGCACUAAAUAAGCAACCAUCUGUAGGGGAAAAUAAGCCAGUGGAGCUUCAACCAGAGAGGUCCUCUGAAGAGAGGCCGCAUGAGAAACUCAGUGACCAGUCAGAGAGUAGUGACCUUGACGAUGUCAGUACCCCCAGUGGCAGUGACCUGGAAACCACCUCUGGCUCUGAUCUGGAAAGUGACAUUGAAAGUGAGAAAGAGAAAUUUAAAGAAAAUGGUAAAAUGUUCAAAGACAAAGUAAGCUCUCUGCAGAGUUUGGCUUCAAUAAAUAAUAAGAAAGACCACAGCAAUCAUUCCAUUUUCUCACCAUCUUUAGAGGAGCAGACUGCGGUGUCAGGAGCGGUGAAUGAUUCUAUAAAGGCUAUUGCUUCUAUUGCUGAGAAAUACUUUGGUUCAACAGGACUUGUGGGGCUGCAAGACAAAAAAGUUGGAGCUUUACCUUACCCUUCCAUGUUUCCCCUCCCAUUUUUUCCAGCAUUCUCUCAAUCAAUGUAUCCAUUUCCUGAUAGAGACUUGAGACCGUUACCCUUGAAAGUGGAGCCCCAAUCACCCAGUGAACUCAAGAAGAUCCCAAAGGGAAGCUCUGAGUCUCCCUUUGACCUCACCACUAAGCGUAAGGAGGAGAAGCCCGUUACUCCCAUACCCUCAAAGCCAGCAGCUCCGCCUGCGGCAAGCCAGGACCAGCCUCUAGAUCUGAGCAUGGGCAGCAGAAGUCGAGCCAGUGGCAUAAAACAGGCCGAGCCUCGGAAAAACCACGUCUUUGGUGAAAAGAAAGGAGGCGACCUCGAGCAAAGGAAAGUGUCCGAGUCCUCUUUGCAGCACGCCCGACCGACUCCCUUCUUUAUGGAUCCCAUUUACAGAGUAGAGAAAAGAAAGUUAACUGACCCACUCGAAGCUUUAAAAGAGAAAUACUUGAGACCUUCCCCGGGAUUCUUGUUUCAUCCACAAUUCCAAUUGCCUGAUCAAAGAAUUUGGAUGUCAGCCAUCGAGAACAUGGCCGAGAAGCUGGAGAGCUUUAGCGCCUUGAAGCCAGAGGCCAACGAGCUGAUCCAGUCGGUGCCGUCCAUGUUCAACUUCCGAGCCCCCCCCAGCGCCCUGCCCGAGACCCUCCUGCGCAAGGGCAAGGAGCGCUACACCUGCAGAUACUGUGGCAAGAUUUUCCCAAGAUCUGCAAACCUAACCCGUCACCUGAGGACGCACACUGGAGAGCAGCCCUACAGAUGCAAAUACUGUGACAGGUCUUUUAGCAUAUCUUCCAACCUGCAGAGACAUGUCCGUAACAUCCACAAUAAAGAGAAGCCAUUCAAGUGUCACUUAUGUGACAGGUGUUUUGGUCAGCAAACCAAUCUUGACAGACAUCUGAAAAAGCAUGAGAACGGCAACAUGUCUGGUACUGCAACGUCUUCACCUCAUUCAGAACUGGAAAGCACAGGGGCAAUCCUAGAUGACAAAGAAGAUUCUUACUUUACAGAAAUUAGGAAUUUUAUUGGAAACAGCAACCACAACAAUCAAUCCCCCCGAAACUCAGAGGAGAGAAUGAAUGGCAGCCACUUUAAGGAUGAAAAAGCCAUGGUAACCAGCCAGAACUCGGAUUUGCUGGAUGACGAAGAGGCAGAAGAUGAAGUAAUGAUGGACGAAGAAGACGAAGAAAGCGAAAUUGCAGGGAAAGCAGUCAAAGAGCCUGUUACAAGCGACAUGCACGAGGGGACUCCAGAGGAGGAUUACGAGGAAACGAGUACUUUGGACAUGAACUGCAAAGCUUCCCCUGGCAGGUAUAAAGAGGAGGAGUAUAAUAAGACUGGACUUUCUGCUUUGGACCACAUAAGGCACUUCACAGAUAGCCUCAAAAUGAGGAAAAUGGAAGAAAAUCAAUAUAGUGAAGCUGAAUUGGCAGCUUUCAAUACUUCCCAGCUGCCAGAGGACCUAAAACAACCAUUGUACAGGAAAUCCAAAUCCCAGGCGUAUGCUAUGAUGCUCUCUCUCUCCGACAAGGACUCCCUUCAUUCUGCAUCCCACAAUUCUCCCAAUAUGUGGCACAGUAUGGCGAGAGCUGCUGCAGAAUCCAGUGCCAUCCAAUCCAUCAGUCACGUAUGACAUUGUGAAGUCUUACCAAGAAUGGGACCAAGUCCAAACCAGUAGCAUGGCUCUUUCAUAUAUGACUGUUUAAAAGACUGCUGAGCAGAAUGCCUUAUAAAUCUGCAGGGUCACUCAUUUAAAGUCUGGUGACCUUAAACUGAAUAAUUUUAAAAAGAAAGAAACUAUUUAUUCUCAAUAUUUUGUUUUGCACAGCAAAGGCAGCUGCUGACUUCUGGAGGAUCAAUGCGACUUAAAAAAAAAAAAGGUUUCAGUGGAUUAUGUAAACCGGGGCCGGGAAAAAAUGUCUUCCAGUUCACCCGGCUUUGAGGGGCAGGGGCAAAAGGGUUAAGACUGCAUUGAUACACACAUGGGCACUCCUUUAAAGUAGUAACUGAAUUCAUUUUCUUUUUGUAUAAGAUAGUUUGACACAGGAUUGGGAACAGUUGCUUUUAUGUACAAAUCUCUUCAUUAAAGCUUUAUGCAUUUUAGCCCUUCAAAGAAAGAAAAUAGUUCUAUCAAAUGCACACUAUCCAUCGUAAAUGUAGAAAGAAGUAACAGGGAAUAUUUUGUUCUCUCCGUAAUUCUUUUGCCUUCUCAACUGCAUUGUUAAAAAAAAGGAAAAUCGCAAAAAAAAAAAAAAAAGAAAAAAAAAGAACUAUG